GGUAAACCCAGUUUCACGCUUGUUGUUUGCAGGCUUACUUUUUUCUGGACAUCUGGAUAUGGGCCAUCCUUUUCACAGUGCUGGACACUCUUUUGGACAUUAUAGGACUCAACCAUUACCUCAGACCCUCGAAAAACGCGACCUCCGUGAUGCAGAUGCCCUGAAGCCACAUCCAUUGCGCCUCGCCAUCCAUUCACUCUCUCAACGUGCUCAGAUGGAAUGGAAGCGUCAACAGCGUGGUCUCGACAUGAUUGCAUUGAUUGAGACGGAAUUGUACAGCUCGUGCAAUAAUAAAGAGAGAAAGUCACAAAAGGAACGCAUUCCUAGCUUCAGUUCAUGCCUGGAAGAGGUGAUUCGUGAAGAAGCGGCCGUUCAUACUGCAUCUGGUCCCCUUGAGAUGAUGGCUUCUGCUUCUCUUUGUCUCUCUCCACUACCCGAGGCAGCAAAUCAUCUGGUGUGCGAUUCUACCGUCGACAUACUGCAUGUUCUGGCAGAUGAUGCAAAUAAACAAGAACAGCGAACUCGCGUCCAAACAAUCCCUCGCAUUAAAGUUACUCUGGCUGAUGCAAACUUCAGGACAAACGAGCUAGCGGAGCUCCCUGACGAGAACAAUAACUGGGAGCGACGUCGUCAUUUGCUCAAGAUCCUUCGCCGAAGUAAGAGGCUGUCUCCCGUCGAUUCGAAAUAUUCUGAUCAUAGGGAUUUCACACAAGGCGCUGAUCGUCGUUCGGCACGAAAUGAAUAUACCCAGGUUUGAUCAUGGACCUGCUUCUGAAGGAUGCUUCGUAAGCAUCCAAAUCUUCAAACCGAAGUCCUGAACUAGACUUCAUCCUUCCUCAGUUCGUGAAAUAUGCUGGCCCAUAUACAUUCACAUUCUAGCUGCGCAUACUCACAUCGUUGUCUGUACAGAAGCCCACCCUGUGAGUCUUGCUGUGAUCUGACUUUUCGAUGUUUCGUCUCACCACCAUAUAAUGGCGUGAAAUAUUGCUGGAUCAGAGCGAUACGUUAUAAUCAACCCCAACAAUUACAGUGCGGCUUCCACUA